AUGAAUCUUCCAACUUUCGAACAGCUACCGAAUGAGCUCAUCAGCCUCAUUGUGGCUUCUGGGCUGGAUUUGGACUCGACUUGGGCCCUGGCAUCAACUUCACGCCAAAUUUAUGCGCUCAUCAAGACUGAUGAAGUUAAUAUCGCCUAUACUAUCUUGUGCAAUCAAAUCGGAUCGCAAAAUCUACCCGUUGCCAUCAGUGUGCGGACAAUAGACGGCGGAACUGUUCCAAACCCGUGGCAAGUCAUCAAAUUCUUCGAAGAUGAGACGAGCUAUAUGCAGGCCUUCCGGCUUUCAUGCAAUCUUGCCAUCGCUUCGGAAAUGCUCAAAACGCAUCGGACGGUGGAAUUUCUAGCCACGUGUAUGGCGCAUCAAUUUCUGGAAACGGCCGCUCACAAAUUUGAACUCUGUGGAUUAUCGGAGCCCAUGAAGUCUAGGGAGAUGUCCCGCAUCGUGCGAGCAAUAUACAUGCUUGACAUGUUCUUUCGAUGCCUGGCUCUCCCAAGGAUCAAUCUGCAUCCGGCUUGUGAGAUCCGAUGGCGGACUCUGGAGGAGAAUGAAGUAUUUUGGACCAUCUUUGCACCGUGGGAACUUGAACAAAUGGCCUGUGUCCAUGACUUUCUGGUCAGAGCCUUGAUCAGAGUCUACAACACGAAGUACUCCGAUCUCUAUGCGUACUGCGACCACCGAUUUCAGCAACAAGGCAUUCAUGUUGGAAGCCACAGUGGGUUUCUGCAUGCACAGAUAGGUCAAGGCCUCGCACAUCUCGGUAGAAUCUUGAUAAACUCGAUUUCUGUAUCCGAGACUGCCAUUACGACGCCUCCUCCGCCUGCUCCUCCGCCUGCUGUGGAGUCCAAUGAUUACACACAUCUCGGCCAACAAAGGAGAGGGAAGAUGCCAAUCAGCAAAUACAUAUUCGACAAGCUGACCCUCUUCAGAGCCUCCCAUCUUCUGGAGGAUCAGGACCCAGCGCAGCUUCCUCCAACAGGCUUGUUUGACCCGAUGUGGAUAGAUUCCGAUCCUGGCCCAGAGGAGUUCUGGCGCCGUUCGGAACUAAAGGUUUUUGCUUGUGAAUCCUCUGGCCAGCGAUACUCCCUUCCCGAUAGCCAGCCAUCACUCCGUGAGAUUGGCUAUGUCUUUUGGAAUUUCGAACGAAUCCAAAAUUCCAGCCUUGUUUACAACGACUGCUCUCAGCAUAGGGAUGCAUACGAGAAUUGGCUACCUCCUGUAACUCUGUACAUGGAGUUGUGA